AUGCCCAGCCUGCCGGCCCUGCUCGCCUUGCUGUUCGUCUGCUGGGCCCCGCUCCGAGCCGCAGCCAGCUCCUGGUGGUCCUUGGCGAUGAGCCCAGUGCAGAGACCUGAGAUGUUCAUCAUUGGGGCCCAGCCUGUGUGCAGCCAGCUCCCGGGGCUGUCCGCUGGCCAGAGGAAGCUGUGCCAACUCUACCAGGAGCACAUGGCCUAUAUCGGGGAGGGUGCCAGGACUGGCAUCAGGGAAUGCCAGCAUCAGUUCCGGCAGCGCCGUUGGAACUGCAGCACCGUGGACGACGCCUCCGUCUUCGGGAGAGUCCUGCAGAUUGGGAGCCGGGAGACGGCCUUCACCUAUGCUGUGAGCGCGGCCGGGGUGGUGAAUGCCAUCAGCCGCGCCUGCCGUGAGGGCGAGCUGUCCACCUGCGGCUGCAGCCGGGCUGCGCGGCCCAAGGACCUGCCCCGGGACUGGCUGUGGGGCGGCUGCGGCGACAACGUGGACUACGGCUACCGCUUCGCCAAGGAGUUUGUGGACGCCCGCGAGCGGGAGAAGAACUUCGCCAAGGGCUCAGAGGAGCAGGGCCGCGUGCUCAUGAACCUACAGAAUAACGAGGCGGGCCGGAGGGCUGUGUACAAGACGGCAGACGUGGCCUGCAAAUGCCACGGCGUCUCGGGGUCCUGCAGCCUCAAGACCUGCUGGCUGCAGCUGGCAGAGUUCCGCAAGGUGGGGGACCAGCUGAAGGAGAAGUAUGACAGCGCGGCCGCCAUGCGUAUCACCCGCCGCGGCAAGCUGGAGCUGGUCAACAGCCGCUUCAAGCCACCCACCCCCGAGGACCUGGUGUACGUGGACCCCAGCCCGGACUACUGCCUGCGGGACGAGAGCACAGGCUCGCUGGGCACGCGGGGCCGCCUGUGCAACAAGACGUCCGAGGGCCUGGACGGCUGCGCGCUCAUGUGCUGCGGCCGCGGCUACGACCAGUUCAAGAGCGUGCGGACCGAGCGCUGCCACUGCAAGUUCCACUGGUGCUGCUUUGUCCGCUGCAAGAAGUGCACGCAGGUCGUGGACCAGUUCGUCUGCAAGUAG